UUUAUUUUGACUGAUCUGCAGCGCCUCUACUGCGAAGCACGCAGGAUGUCGUGCGUUCCCAUGAUUCCUCGGUGGCAGGCGUGUAAAGAUGGCGUCAGACUACGAUGAGCCGAUAUCCGACCAAGAAAAGGUUCGCAUAGUGUCCGACUUCAUCCAGUUAGCACCGCCCGGGGAAUUCAACGAGGUGUUCAACGACGUCCGCCUGCUGCUGAACAAUGACACCCUGCUCAAAGAAAAGGCGUCCAGUGCAUUUGCACAGUACAAUAAGGAUCAGCUGACACCAGUAGAAAUUGAAGGCUCCGAACACAAGGCGCUCGUCACACACUACAAUGACCUUGGCGAGGGCCGGUUCUACGACCCGCGCACGCGGCAGUCCUUCCGGUACGACCACCUCCGCAAGGAGGCAACCGACUACCAGAGCCAUCCGCCGGGCUCCAGCGGGGAUGGCAGCGUCGGACUGCCCGAGGGCCACGGCGAGAGCUGGCGGGCGGCGCUGGAGGAGGCGUGGACGCAGUACGCGCGCGAACACUACCGGCACGGCACGUGCGCCGUCUUCGACCGCAGCCCCAGUCCCCAGGAACUGUCGCUAGUCGCCUGCCUCGAAGACCACCAAUUCCAGGCACAGAACUUCUGGAAUGGUCGUUGGAGAAGCGUCUGGACAGUAAACUUCCCCUCCGGUGCUGCCACAGCUGAUGUGAAAGGACUCGUCAGAGUUCAGGUACACUACUACGAGGAUGGCAACGUCCAACUAGUAAGCUCCAAGGAGAUCAAAGCCACCCUCAACAUCACGAAUGAACAGCAAGCUGCAAAGGAGUUCGUGCAGAUUGUUGAAGAUGCAGAAAACGAGUAUCAGACUGCCAUCUCCGAAAACUACCAGGCAAUGUCGGACACGACAUUCAAGGCGCUACGCCGACAGCUGCCACUGACGCGAACCAAAAUUGACUGGACCAAGAUCCUCAACUACAAAAUUGCCUCGGAGCUGAAACACCACUGACUGUCUCCUUCUCUCUGUGCCGCCCGUGCUUGCAGAUUUGGUUUUUUUUUUUUUUUUUUUUUUAAAGACUCUUCUUCUUGAGCCCGAAUUUUCUAUCCUUUACGUGCUUCUGAUCUACUGUAUUCGAUGAUUUGUAUUGUUUAUGGUUGCCCGUUUAUUUUCUGUUGAGCCAUGUUGUAGUUUCAGUCUUGCUUGUCUCUUUGCCUCGUCGAAAUGGACUUCAUGCUGCACACUUUGAUGGACCUCCUGCGUUUGGACUGGUGUGGCUGUUCUACUUCUCCGGGUGCAACUUGGUCCGAAAUGCUUCUUUUUUUUUUUUAAUAGAGCCAGCAACCAAGCUAAUUAAACUGAGCCAGUUAAAUGUAGAGGCAUCUUUUUUAUAAAAUGGUACUGUUGGUGAUCAUGCUGUUGGAGGUAGUCAAGUAUCAUUAGCUUUAAGGUAUUUUGUUUGUGCAACAUGUGAAAGAGGUCUAAUAGACUGACACACUUGGAGGCUCCUGUUCGUUGUUUAUUAUUAUAUUUUGGUUCCUACAGUGGCUUCCUUGAAGAUACAUUCUCCAAACUCUACAUGCAAUUGAUUGUUUUCCCUGUGUUAAUAUAGUUCUGUGGACCAUUUGUCUUUUGGCGAGUUUUGUAAGGGCAAGGUUGAAGUGGUGUUUGCCAACUACCAUGCACGGUCAUUUGAAAUGUUAAUGAGUGCAGGAUAGUCACAGCUCACUGUUGUUUCUUUCUUUUUGCCCCCUCACACACAAAUUAGGCAUUCAUUUAUGACUCAGCAUUGAGACAUCUGUAUGCCAGCCUCAGCUGUGCAGUGCAGUCUUGAUUGGAGCUACGUUAGCGCCAGCCUUCCGUGGUUUCAAUACUGUGCCUGUUGCUGGCGUACUAGUAUUGUUAUUUUGAAGAACCCACAUUAGUGCAGCAUUUACUUUGCACUUUCCUUUGUAGUGGGAAACAUGUUGGACCGGUAACUGUUGCACAGAGCCAGAUUGGUGCACAACAAGGCGGUAAUCGUGGAAGUUUGGAACUUGCAAGACUUUUUAAAGUGCUCUGCAUUAUGCAAACCCCUGCGUCUUGCCUCUGCCGUAGACAUCUUGCUGCCGAAUUUUUUUUUUUUUUUUCGGACCGACAGACAACUGCACUUUGUUAGAAUCCAGUAUGGAGGAGAUAAAAAGCAAGUAGUAGUGCCUAAGCGGUGAAGAUAUGAUGUCAAGUCUGUGAAGCCAAGCUAGGAUGUGUUUAAUCCCAAUCAAUCCUUUUCACUUGCACCUGUUCUUUCGUGCAAAUUUGCGCUGUUGUCGACUACGGACACCAGGUGCCUCGGGCAUGUACACUAUUGAGUGACAGAGGAUUUUGUUUUUGGUUAUCAUUUUGCUUGGGGCAUCUUUUGCACACAACAGUGCUUUUCGUGUUGCUUGAUUGAUGGGCUUAUUACAGACAGUAAACGGACAUCUUAACAUUUAAGUAGACUGUUAUAGGCCUUUACGAAAGUGGAGUUCCUAGCAUUUCUUUUUUAGAAAAAGAAUUCUUAAUGUGAGAUUGUUUUUGAUAAAGUAUAAGCAGAACUUGAGACGAGUCCAACAUUGCCGCUUGUGCUGAGAGCAACCACAGCCGCAUAUUGCAAGGCUGUUAGAAACUGCCAAUAGAUUGAAUUGCAAGAAUCGUGUGUGUUUAUUUUAUAGCCUGUGAAGCUGUUUAAAUGCUACAAGCUUUUUAAGGUAAUGUAAUUGUGCUUUGAUUUUACACUUCACACUUCCUUUUUACAAUCUAUUCUGUGCGGCAUUUUUUUUUCUCUCAGCCUAAGUUGAUGCACAAAGAGGCAAGUUCUAGGUGCUCUACAAUGCCUCUGUUGGGAAAAGUAUUAAGCAUUAUGUAGUGCUGUAACAGACUAUAAGCGUGGAUGGACGCAUAGGUGGAUUGCAUUGAACUGCUUUCCAUCACUAGGGCUUGAGCUUCGCUCUGUCUAAAAUAUUCGGUGAAGCGUGAAGGUCCUGUGACAAUCUUAAUGUGUUGCAGUGUUCUGUUCCUGCGCUCUCUCUCUCUCUUUUCUGUUUAUCUUUUGAGAGAUGCAAAUGGGCUGAGAAUCCCUUCGAUAGUUGCGUAUUCGAUGCGCAGCCUGUUUCGUGUAUAAGCGAAGUUCGUAUGUGCAAGCUCGGAAGAGGGUGGCGUUUAUUUAUCUGCCGUAUUUGUUUCACUCUUUGGUUUUUUUUUUUCUUUUUUGGCAUAGCUAGGCGUGUGUUAGGGCAAGCCCCUGAAAUUAAUGAUCCCUAUGUUUCUUAGGUGGUUGGUGAAGCGGUGAGCCAGCGAUAGAGAGAGCAAGACUGUUGUGAAUCAAAGGGCAGGGAAUGUCUGUGUGUGUGUGUUACCAUUUUCUGGCACAUUCGCCUUUCUUCACAAAUACAGUUUUUGGCACAGAGAGAGAGAGUCAACAUUGUGACACGAGUCGAGACAAAAGGCAUGAAUUAACUGUUUCUUUUUUUUUUUUUUGUGCCACACGUGUGCGAAUUUUCUCGAGCUGUGGUUGUAACUUCUUUCCCUAGAUGAACAAUGCUGUUGUUCUGCCUUCCCGUGGCUGGGUUGGCGCAGUUUGCGCUUGCGCCGGGCCUGUGAGAUGGAAGGGUUUUUUUCUUGUUGACCCUUUGGGGGAUAAGAAAUGUUGAAUAAAAGAGGGUUGCGAGAA